GUCGGGUCGCCAUCUUUUGUUUCCCGAAGGAAGAAAACAAAGCGAGGAAAGUUUGCGGUAGGGAGCACGACCGUGGCUACCAAGACGGCUGACGGCGCAGUACCCGAGGCGUUUGGCGGGCCCGAUAGUAAACGAACAUAACGAUGCAGGCCGUCAAAGAACAAAUAAUUGCGGCCUUGCCAAACCUGACCUCGGGUGAGGUUGAGAGCGUCCUCAACAAAUUUAUGAGCCUUGGCGUAGAGUGCCCAAGUGACCUCAACUUUCUGACUGAGGGAGACCUCGCAAGCAUACUCAAACCAAUCCAAGCCAGGAAACUCGUCGCCUACCUCAAGCCACAGAAUGUCUCCGACAGCAAAACUCCAGAACAGUUUGGGGCUACCUCUUCUGAAGCCAGCACCUCAUCAAAAACAAGUUACCAUGUCGACUCAACCUGGGCAAACAAUUUUGACAUACAGUGGAAGGAGAUGCCGCCAAGGCUACAACAGGCCCUAAAGGAAAACAAACGGCCUUUGCCCAAAGAUCGCAGGGAAAUGGUCAGACUCAUCAUAAAGACGUCAAUGGAAAUGUGCCCACGGCCACUGAGGAAACAGCUGGACAUCAUUGCAAAAAAAGUGGUGGACCAGUACCCAUUGUCUUUCAAAGAUGUCUUGGAUGGAACAGUGGGUGGAAAACGUGAGACGUGA